AUGUUGUCUUGGAUGGUGGAUAGUGGACAUAAGGUGGGGGAUUGUAGAUUGGUGGCUUCUCCAGUGGUGGUGGCUCAUAAAAUGGUGGUUUCUCGUAAGGAGGAUUGUAAAUGGGUGGUCUCUCGUGAGGAGGGUGGUAUACUGGGGGAGGAUACACUAUUGGCGGUGGCUUCUCAUAAGGGGGUUGAUACACUGGUGGUGGUUUCUCAUAAGGGGGUUCAUACACUGGUGGUGGCUUCUCAUGAGGAGGUUGGUAUUCUGGUGGUGGCUUCUCGUGAGGAGGUUGAUAUUCUGGUGGUGGUUUCUCAUGAGGAGGUUCGUAUUCGGGUGGUGGCUUUUCAUGUGGAGGUUGAUAUUCUGGUGGUGGUUUCUCGUGAGGAGGUUGGUAUUCUGGUGGUGGUUUUUCAUGUGGAGGUUGAUAUUCUGGUGGUGGUUUCUCAUGAGGAGGUUGGUAUUCUGGUGGUGGUUUCUCAUGAGGAGGUUGGUAUUCCGGUGGUGGCUUCUCAUGGGGAGGUUGGUAUUCCGGUGGUGGUUUCUCAUGAGGAGGUUGGUACUCCGGUGGUGGCUUCUCAUGAGGAGGUUGGUAUACCGGUGGUGGCUUCUCAUGGGGAGGUUGGUAUUCCGGUGGUGGCUUCUCAUGGGGAGGUUGGUAUUCCGGUGGUGGUUUCUCAUGAGGAGGUUGGUACUCCGGUGGUGGCUUCUCAUGAGGAGGUUGGUAUUCCGGUGGUGGUUUCUCAUGGGGAGGUUGGUACUCCGGUGGUGGCUUCUCAUGAGGAGGUUGGUACUCCGGUGGUGGUUUCUCAUGAGGAGGUUGGUAUUCCGGUGGUGGCUUCUCAUGGGGAGGUUGGUAUUCCGGUGGUGGUUUCUCAUGAGGAGGAUGGUACUCCGGUGGUGGUUUCUCAUGAGGAGGUUGGUAUUCCGGUGGUGGCUUCUCAUGGGGAGGUUGGUAUUCCGGUGGUGGUUUCUCAUGAGGAGGUUGGUACUCCGGUGGUGGUUUCUCAUGAGGAGGUUGGUAUUCCGGUGGUGGCUUCUCAUGGGGAGGUUGGUAUUCCGGUGGUGAUUUCUCAUAAGGAGGUUGGUGUUCCGGUGGUGGCUUCUCAUGAGGAGGUAGGUAUUCUGGAGGUGGUUUCUCAUGAGGUGGUUGGUAUUCUGGUGGUGGCUUUUCAUAUGGUGGUGGUUUUUCAUGAGGAGGCUGGUAUUCAGGUGGUGGUUUUUCAUGAGGAGGCUGGUAUUCGGGUGGUGUGUUUUCAUGAGGAGGCUGGUAUUCAGGUGGUGGCUUCUCAUGAGGAGGAUGGUAUUCUGGUGGUGGCUUCUCAUGAGGAGGUAGGUAUUCCGGUGGGGGCUUGUCAUGAGGAGGUUGGUAUUCCGGUGGUGGCUUCUCAUGAGGUGGCUUGUGAUGAGGAGGUUGAUAUUCUGGUGGUGGAUGCUCAUGAGGUGGCUGGUACUCUAGUGGAGGUUUGUGGUGAUGGGGUGGUUUUGGAUGAGGUGGUUGAUACUCUGGUGGUGGCUUCUCAUAUGGAGGGUGGUGGAGUGGUGGUGGUGGUGGUGGGUAGAAUGGGGGCCUAUAAGAUGGUGGAGGUUGAUAGGUGGGUGGAGGUUCAUAGGAAGGUGGUUUCUGAAAUGGAGGAGGCUCAUAGAAGAUGCGUGGCUUGA